CGCUCGCUCCGCGGCCAUGCAGCGCCGGGGCGCCCUGUUCAGCCUGCCGGGCGGCAGCGGGUCCAGGAAGAUGGCUGCAGGAGACAUCGGCGAGCUGCUGGUGCCCCACAUGCCCAAGAUCCGCGUGCCCAGGUCCGGGGACCGGGUCUACAAGAACGAGUGCGCUUUCUCCUACGACUCGCCCAAUUCUGAAGGUGGACUCUAUGUAUGCAUGAACACAUUUUUGGCCUUUGGAAGAGAACAUGUGGAAAGACAUUUUCGAAAAACAGGACAGAGUGUAUACAUGCAUCUGAAGAGACACGUGCGAGAGAAGGUAAGAGGGGCCUCUGGUGGAGCAUUACCAAAAAGAAGGAAUUCCAAGAUUUUUUUAGAUCUAGAUACUGAUGAUGAUUUCAAUAGCGAUGAUUAUGAAUAUGAAGACGAAGCCAAACUUGUUAUAUUCCCAGACCACUAUGAAAUAGUACUACCAAAUAUUGAGGAGUUACCAGCCCUGGUAACAAUUGCUUGUGAUGCAGUUCUCAAUUCAAAAUCUCCAUAUAGAAAGCAGGACCCAGACACAUGGGAAAGUGAGUUGCCAGUCUCCAAAUAUGCCAAUAAUCUUACCCAGCUGGACAAUGGGGUCAGGAUUCCUCCCAGUGGUUGGAAGUGUGCUCGCUGUGACCUGCGAGAAAAUCUCUGGCUGAAUCUCACAGACGGCUCGGUACUUUGUGGCAAGUGGUUCUUCGACAGCUCUGCGGGCAACGGGCAUGCGCUGGAGCAUUACAGAGACAUGGGCUACCCUCUCGCUGUGAAACUGGGAACCAUCACCCCGGAUGGGGCAGAUGUUUAUUCUUUUCAAGAAGAGGAGCCUGUUUCGGAUCCUCAAUUGGCCAAGCACUUAGCACAUUUUGGAAUCGAUAUGCUCCAUAUGCACGGGACGGAGAAUGGACUUCAGGACAAUGACAUCAAGCCAAGGGUCAGCGAAUGGGAGGUGAUUCAGGAGACGGGGACAAAGCUGAAACCCAUGUAUGGCCCUGGGUACACUGGUCUCAAGAACCUGGGCAACAGCUGCUAUCUCAGCUCUGUUAUGCAGGCCAUCUUCAGCAUCCCUGAGUUCCAGAGAGCGUAUGUAGGAAAUCUUCCAAGAAUAUUUGACUACUCUCCGUUAGAUCCUACACAAGAUUUCAACACACAGAUGACUAAGUUGGGACAUGGCCUUCUUUCAGGCCAGUAUUCAAAACCUCCUGUGAAAUCUGAACUCAUUGAACAGGUGAUGAAGGAGGAACACAAGCCUCAACAGAAUGGUAUCUCUCCACGUAUGUUUAAGGCCUUCGUAAGCAAGAGCCACCCAGAAUUCUCCUCUAAUAGACAGCAAGAUGCCCAGGAAUUUUUUUUGCACCUGGUGAAUCUGGUUGAAAGGAACCGCAUCGGCUCUGAAAACCCAAGUGAUGUUUUCCGGUUUUUGGUGGAAGAACGGAUUCAGUGCUGUCAGACCCGGAAAGUUCGCUACACAGAGAGGGUAGAUUACCUGAUGCAGUUACCUGUGGCUAUGGAGGCAGCAACCAACAAGGAUGAACUGAUUGCUUAUGAGUUGACGAGAAGGGAAGCAGAAGCAAACAGGAGACCCCUUCCCGAGCUGGUUCGUGCCAAGAUCCCCUUUAGUGCCUGCCUUCAAGCCUUUUCAGAACCAGAUAAUGUGGAUGAUUUCUGGAGCAGUGCCCUCCAAGCCAAGUCAGCAGGUGUCAAAACAUCUCGCUUUGCCUCAUUCCCUGAAUACUUGGUAGUGCAGAUAAAGAAGUUCACUUUUGGUCUUGACUGGGUCCCAAAAAAAUUUGAUGUUUCUGUUGAUAUGCCAGACCUACUUGAUAUCAGCCAUCUUCGAGCCAGGGGGUUACAACCAGGAGAGGAGGAACUCCCAGAUAUCAGUCCCCCGAUACUCAUUCCUGAUGACUCAAAAGAUCGCUUGAUGAACCAAUUGAUAGACCCAUCAGACAUUGAUGAGUCAUCAGUGAUGCAGCUGGCGGAGAUGGGCUUCCCCCUGGAAGCAUGUCGGAAGGCUGUGUACUUUACUGGAAAUAUGGGAGCUGAGGUGGCCUUCAACUGGAUCAUUGUUCAUAUGGAAGAGCCAGAUUUUGCUGAGCCACUCACCAUGCCUGGUUACGGAGGAGCAGCUUCUGCUGGAGCCUCUAUUUUUGGUGCUACAGGAUUGGAUAACCAACCUCCAGAGGAAGUUAUCAGCAUUAUUACUUCCAUGGGAUUCCAGCGAAAUCAGGCUGUUCAGGCUCUACGAGCUUCGAGUAAUAACCUGGAAAGAGCACUGGAUUGGAUCUUCAGCCACCCUGAGUUUGAGGAGGACAGCAACUUUGUGAUGGAGAUGGAAAAUAAUGCCAAUGCAAAUAUUAUUUCUGAAGCCAAGCCUGAAGGACCUAGAGUCAAAGAUGGAUCUGGAAUGUAUGAAUUAUUUGCAUUCAUCAGUCAUAUGGGAACAUCAACAAUGAGUGGCCAUUAUGUUUGCCAUGUCAAAAAGGAGGGAAGAUGGGUGAUCUACAAUGACCACAAAGUGUGUGCCUCAGAAAGACCCCCCAAAGACCUGGGCUACAUGUACUUUUACCGUAGGAUACCCAGCUAAACCUCAGACAUAUAAACAAUCAAAUCGGCACAAAGAAGCCAUACGCCUUUUUAAUUUGCCAAAAAAAAAAAAAAAAAGGAAAAAAAAGAAGACGCUGUUGGUAUCGCCAGACAUGAAGGGAUUUGUGGGGGUAUUUAUAGUUUAUUUAAAGAAUAUCAUUUGACGCCUUCUGAAAUAGAACUGGGACAAAACUUCUAUUAGUGAUGAUACACUACUGUAGAUAUUUUUUUCUUUUUAUAAUGUUAAAGGAGAGGAUGGUUUGAAAGAAAGUAUUCAUAUUGCUGGUGUGGGAUCUGUGGCUGGCAUAUCAACAUGGGAUACAAUGCCAACCUGCUAGUGUAUACUUUGGAGGUCAGUGGUAGUGGCCUCCAGAGAAAAUAAGUAAUGAGGCCAAUGAUGUAACCUUAGCUACAAUCAAUGGGAAAGCCUGCUUUUGUCUCCUAUCAAAAAUCACCAACUGAGCUUAGCUUUAUUUGUGACCUAAAUUUUUCAUGACACACCAUCAUUUCUGACCUAGACAUGAGAGGCAAUUCAAGAACUUAAUGAGAGCUAUUUUAAUUUAAUCCCAUCACAAUUCAUUGCACAGUGCCCUUGUAUAAGUGUGUGAGACACCUUUUCAGCCAACUUGAAACUCAGUGGUGAGUUGGUUUUGAAGAGGUAAAACACAAGUUGGUAUCAAGCAGGGCUGGAGAAAGCAAGUAAAUAGUCUAAUUCUAACUCAGGAACAGUUUAAAUAAUUAGUUCCCCAUUUAGAUCGUCAAAGGUCUGUGUUGUCCCUUUAAGGGUUGACAAGUACUCCCUAAGGUUUGUGGCAGUGGGUGGAAAAGUGCCAGGUGUUCUUAACAGCACUGUAUGGUAUUUUCCAAAGGUAGAUGAGUUCUGUGUCUUGGUAGCCCUCCUUCUUAAGGUGCAGUGCGUGGUUUCAGGAAAAUAGCUGUUCUCAUUGCAAUAUACAGAAACUCCCUGGAAUCAUGAUAACCCUGAAUCCCAAUAACCCAGUUGCCCCCUAACUUUGUUUCUGAGCUCUCUGAUGCUUCCAUUUCUAUGUUUUCUGGUGCCAGGAUCCCAAAUGGCCAUUUCUGGGAUUAUCAACUCUUGACCAACCUUCACUGCUUAACAACAGUGUCAA